AAAAACCUGCCGGACAUGAUGUCGACCGCGCGACCUGAAUGGACCACUCGCCCGGACGCUGCUGACACUUCGCGCGACGAAAAUUCGUGCUCCACCACGACGCCGCAAUGGAAUGAACUGCACUGCACGACGAUGCCACCUUCCGCCGACGACAGCAACUGCAACGAGUGUGUCCCUCUGCUUAGUUCACACGCUAGUGCGAGUCCAUCAAACUCUACCAAGUCCCAACUGAAUUUUAUCCUGGCGAAUUCAGAGGCUAUUGCCUCAACACGGAUGCCACAAUCUCCUGCGACAACUGCAAUACAAGCCGCCCCCGUGAAGCGUGGUCGCGGACGGCCUCGAAAACAUCCCCUGCCACCGCCUGCCAUCCCCCCCACAGGUUCUGCCCCCAACGGGUGGUCGCUCUCUAUCAUGCUACCGCGUGAAAAUGGAACAACUCCUCCUCCUCCUGCUGCUGCAAACUUCAUAGUUCCCAUGAAGAGUUUGGGUGCACCACGGGGGCGUGGUAGGCCACGGAAGGUUCCGCUAGACCCCUCGCUGCCGCCUGUCCUGCCGCGGCGUCGAGUGGUCCAACCAGCUCGAAGCCACCGUCCAGCACGAGUGAGAAAGACGACUGCGAUCUUUUCACCUAGUGGAGGCAAUCGUCCGAGCAAACCUCGAGGCGCAGCAGCGUCUGGUGUUCGUCGUGGCCGAGGUCGGCCCCGCUCGGGAAAUUCAAUCCCAGUCGCCCCAGUCAAUCCGCACGUGCAUCGGAUCGUACGUCGCGUUCGGAAUCGAGUGAGCGCAAUGCGUAUCAACAUGGCAUUCGUGGAUGCGUACGAGCAGACUGGGUGGCGCCAGGCGAGCACUGAGAAGCUGAAACCAACCGCCGAACUCGAGGCGGUGCGGCAGAAGCUGGUGCGGCACCAGCGGGCGCUGCUUCGGGAACUUCAUGAUUUCGACGCCGUGUUUGCGUCGGAUACACCGCUGCCCAAAGACGCGAGCGAACUCGACGACGACGAUGAUAUUUUGUGCUCCAAGUGCCAAUCCACGGUCACCUCGGAUGGCAAUGACAUUGUUCUGUGCGACUGCGGCACCUGCCACCGAGCGUACCAUCAGCAGUGCUUGGAUCCGGUGCUGGCGACGCUCCCAGCCGAAGAGGACGAAUGGUACUGCCCCCGCUGCGACGGCAUUUUCCAGUGCCUCGUGGUGCUCAACGCUGCCUUCGGAUCGACGUGGGAAUCGUUGCCAGAGGUGUUUCCAGACCUGCGUGCUCAAGACGGAGGGCGUUUGACGGAAGGAGCGUCGACAGCAGCGCCGCACCUCAACGAUGACAACGAGUCGGACGAAGACUUUGACAAGUCGAGUGUUGAGAACGACGAGGGCGAUGAUGACGAUAUGCUGUCGGACGAAGAGGACGUCAGCGACGGAGAAGUGGAGCAUCACAUUGCUACAACUGAUGUUGUCAACUCGACCCACCGGUCGACGCGGUCGCAACUUGCCGUUCACGACCAGGACAUCGAUGUUGACGAUGAGAGCGAAGACGAGGACGCCACGAAGCUGAUUGUGCACGGCAAACGCCGGCGGACGGCCGUGGAUUAUCGCAAAUUGCACGGCGAAAUGUUUGCCACGGCCGACGACGACGACGAUGACAAGGACGAAUAUGUGCCGCGGAACACGACCGAAGACGAUGUGGAUUAGUAGGAUGGAAACGAUGGGUCAAUGAGACGGUUCCAAGCCACGAGGCCGCCCUUGACAUGCCAAAUGUCGGUCGUACGACCCGCAGCGACCAACUGGUGGACGGCGUGUGUCGAGUCGAUGCCACGGCGGCAAAUCACAGCCACUAGAAACGAUUUUCAUUGCCGGAAUAGACACGAGCGGUUCCGCACCUGGGGCGGUGGACGCCACGAGGGACGGCAAUUGGGUGAAUAGGUCAGCAAGGGGGACAUUUCUGGACGGCAUGAGGUGGCAAAUGUCGUACUGCACGCGCUCUCGAACGUCGACGACGACAAGUUUUGGGUUGGUUUUGAGCAUGGAUGCCAGUUCCUUGAGGGGAUGCACUCCCAGUUAGUAUUGUCAGAGAUGAAUUUGUAGCAAAACCUCGACUGACAUAGUAUGCGAAGGAUCGACGACGGAAGGGAGCUCGCAGACUAG